GCGCGUCGCAUCCACACGGGAGCCGGGGCAACGCGCGCGCACACCGCUGCCAUUAAAACCCGCCUGCGCGCGCGUGUACGGGCGCGCGUGUUAGGCUCAGUGGCGAAAUACACCUGAGCAUGUAGUGCAGCGGGUUCCGGGGCGUGGGAAGGACGCAGAAAGCCGCUCGGCUACUUAUUUGUCGAGGGAAUAUUGUUGGAGCAAACUUCGGCGCCCGCGCAGCUGAGCCUCGCUUCGGUUCUGCAGGCGUCUUCACACCAGGAUGUGGAUUUGGGAACUUUUUGAAGGUGACUCCGAGUAGCAGCUUUGCUUUUUAAACUUUUCACAUCAUUGGGGACUAUAGAGAGACAACGCGGCGGCAGUGAUACAGAUUUCAGCGGUAAACCCAGAGGGAGAGGGAGGUGAGGCCGUCCAUGUCCUGCGAGUUGAAGAAGCCUGAACGCUGAACAGACGUGAUGGAGCGCUGGCGUCUGGGCCCGUUUGUCCUGGUGGUCCUGGCCGUCCUCCACUUCAGGCCCCUGCACAGCAAGGCAGAAGAGUUCGUUAGCCCAACCUUGAUCAACAACGUGGUGGCGGACCCCCACACGGGCCGGCUGUACGUCGGCGCCGUCAACACCCUCUACCAGCUGAGCCCCGCCCUCAAGGAGGAGUCGCGGGCCGAGACGGGCCCCAGGCGGGACAACAAGCAGUGCACGCCGCCCAUCACCGACGCCUGCGACGAGGCCGUGUACACGGACAACCACAACAAGCUGCUGCUGGUCCAGGAGGCCAAGGACGUCCUGGUGGUGUGCGGCAGCGUCUUCAGGGGCAUCUGCUCGCUGAGGAACCUGAGCAACGUGGAACAGCAGCUGUACUUCAGCGACUCCAAAGGGGAGAAGUCGUACGUGGCGAGCGCCGAGGAGGGCGUCUCCGUGGUGGGGGUGAUGUCGUACUUCACCAAGGACCAGGACAACUACACCGUGUUCUUGGUCGGUAAAGGCUACGGCAGCCACGACAGCACCAAGCUCAUCUCCACCCGCAUCCUGCAGGACAGCGGCGACUGGGUGGUCUUCGACAGCAUCAUCGAGGCGUCGGCCGUCCAGGCCAACGCUUUCGUCCUGCGGUACCUCCACGACUUCCGCUUCGCCUUCAAGGACGGCGGCUUCGUGUACUUCCUGUUCUCGCGCACGCUCGGGAUCCAGGACACCAAGAACUUCACCUUCAUCUCGCGCCUGUGCGAGAACGACAAGAACUACUACUCGUACACGGAGCUGCAGCUCAACUGCAGCGCCGCCAACAAGUACAACAAAGCCCAGGCCGCCUACGUAGCAGCGCCCGGUAAAGCUUUGGCCGAGCACAUGAGCAAGACGGGCCAGUAUGGGCCGGUGUCGGCCUCGGACAAGGUUCUGUUCAUCACCUUCACGUCUGACGAAGACCCUUCCUCCUCAGCCUUGUGCAUGUACCCUCUGCGCUCCAUUAACGCCAAGCUGGUGGAGAUCAUCGGCGCCUGUUACAGUCACAACGGCAUCAUCAACGAGAAGUUCGCCGUCUACUCGCCCUACUCCUCCAAGUCUGAGGAGCUGUGUAGCAACAAGGACCCGAACAUGGCCUCCAUGUACAAGUGUGGAGAGGAGUUCCUGCCCUCCCCGCUGGCCAGCAAGGCCGACUUCGCCCUGACGGUGCAGCCCUCCUUCGUCCACAAGGGCCAGAUGACGGCGGUGGCGGUGGCGGUGGAGGAGGAGCACGCCGUGGCGUUCCUGGGCACCACCGCCGGAGAGGUGCUGAGGGUCCACCUGGCGGCCCACCCGGAGAUGUACGGGCGAGCGCUCAUCGACAGCACCGGGGACAGGGUCAACAAGAACCUGCUGUUCGACUCCAGCCUCCAACACUUGUACAUCACCACCGAGAACAAGAUCACCAAGGUAGCGGUCCAGGCCUGCGAGCAGAAGACGGACUGCCACUCCUGCAUGGCCAUGAAGGACCCGUACUGUGGCUGGUGUGUGCUAGAGGGAAAAUGCUCCAGGAAGCAGGAGUGCAGCCGCUCGCUGGAGAACAACACCUGGCUGUGGUCCCCCAAGCAGCAGUGCGUCCAGAUCGCGGCCUUCGACCCCCCCAACCUCAGCUGCAGGAAAACGCAGCAGGUCACCAUCCACAUCCCCACCCUCCCCACGCUGGGGCCCAACGAUCAGCUCACGUGCAAGUUCGACACCUCCGUCACCGACGCCGUCGUCACCGAUCGGACGCAGGUCACCUGCUCCCUGCAAGGCAUGGGAAAGAUCCCUCCCACCCCCGACCUGCAGGACUACGUGUCCGUCCCAGUCAAGGUCCUUGUCAACAGAGGCAUCGAGGUGACGUCUGGGGAGUAUCACUUCUACAACUGCGCUGCCACCGUCAGGAAGAACCCCAACACGCCGUGCAUUGCGUGCGUGACCAGCGGAUGGGGCUGUCAGUGGAACACGGCGGAUCACGGCUGCAGCGACGACGACGAUGGCGUCAACGGGAUCCGCAUAGUGAAACCGCAGCAGCCUGACAGUUGUCCUCAAUUCGAGUCUCCGGAGCCGCUGUUGAUCCCCGUGGGCUUCAAGGUCCCCAUCAGCUUCAAGGGGCGAAACCUGGACAGUCACACGAGUUUUGCCAUCGGGACGGAGCUGAUGAAGCAGGACGAGGAUGUGGCAGAGGAGCAGGAUUCACAGUUCAGAUUCUCAGGUUAUGAGUUCGCCUAUGACAAGCAGCAGGAGGUGAACAUAUCCUUCCACAUCAAAGACAGACAGCAGGAAAGGAAGAUUGACAGCACCCUGACAGUCGCGCUGUACAACUGCUCGGUGCGAAGGGAAGACUGCAGCCUGUGCAAACACGUCGACCCCAAGUACCAGUGCGUGUGGUGCGAGGCCUCGGAGUCCUGCGUGUACCGGGAGACCUGCUCGUCACAGCAGACGGCCCAGUGCCCCAACCCACACAUCACUGCCAUUGUCCCUCAGUUCGGGCCUCUGAACGGCCGUAUAUCAGUGACCAUCAAAGGCUCCAACAUGGGCAUCAAGAAGGAAGACGUCAAGAAGAUCACGGUGGCCGGCGUGGACUGUGUCCACCAGGAGGACCGCUACUCCGUCUCCACCAGCGUGGUGUGCGAGAUCGGGCCGGCGAAGCCGGUUCCGCCAGCUGACAUCCCACUGGAGCCGACCAACAGUGGGCCGGUGGAGAUAGAGUUGGAGGGAGGCCAAAAGGGCAGGUCCUUGGUGGAGUUCACCUAUCGGGACCCCAAACCAGCUGCUGUGGAGCCGGUGAAGGGUCCAGCAGCCGGGGGAACCUUGAUCAACAUCACCGGCGACAACCUGGACACGGCCACCAAGGAGGACGUCUCCGUCUCAGUGGGGGGCGUUCCCUGUGACAUCCUGUUUUUCGGCACCAACAUCACCUGCAAGACAGGAAAAUACCGGGGGCAGAAGGUGCCGUCUGACCCGCUGACGGUGACGGUGAAGUACGGAAAGAACACCACCAAAGACGUCCCGGUGCAGUUCCAGUACUCUGAGAAUCCCAAGGUCACGGAAUAUUACCCCAAAACCAGCUUCUUGUGCGGGGGGCGAAUGAUCGUGGUCCGGGGAAGCGGCUUCGACCUGAUUCAGAGCGCCACCUUGAGAGUGAGCACGUCCACAGACGAGUUCAUGCAGGACACCGGCUCUGAGGAGUUUGUGGAGCCUGCGCAGACCAAGAACGACAGCGUCCUCCAGUUCCACUCGCCGUCCCUGAACAGCUCCCUCUACGGCCAGUCCUUCAGGACGUACCUGCAGCUGGACAACGUGGUGGAGGAGCUGAGGAGCUUCCACUAUCACCCCGACCCCUUGUUUAAGAAGCUGGACAAUUACAAGAUCACGGAGAAGAGCCUGAUCGACGUGCAUGGCCAAGGUUUCUCCAAGGCGAUGACGGCCGAGGAGGCCCAGGCGUUCGUUGGCGAUGCCCUCUGUCACGUCAACAUACUGAAGGAUGACAGGUUGAUCAUCGAGGCUCCGACGUCGAAGCCCAAAGCCAAGUCCAAAAUCCAGCGCCAGCGCAGAGAUACGACCAACGACAUGCUGGAGCUUGUGGUGAAGUUCGGACGCGGUGAGUGGAUCGUGGGUUUGGUCUACUACGACGAGCCGAUCAUCCCCAAGCUUCACCUGGCGAUCAUCAUCCCCGCGGUCGUCGUUCCCAUGCUGCUCUUCAUCGCCGUGUCCGUCUACUGCUACAGGAGGAAGAGUCAGCAGGCGGAGCGCGAGUACGAGAAGGUGAAGCACCAGCUGGAGAGUCUGGAGGAGAGCGUUCGCGAUCGCUGCAAGAAGGAGUUCACAGACCUGAUGAUUGAAAUGGAGGACCACACCAGCGACCUGAGCGAGGCGCGGAUGCCCUUCCUGGAUUACAAGACCUACACCGACCGCAACUUCUUCCUGCCCUCCAAAGACGGCGCCAACGACGCCAUGAUCACGGAGAAACUCCAGAUCCCAGAAGCCCGCAAGACCAUCGUGCUGCAGGCGCUCACCCAGUUCUCCAACCUGCUCAACAGCAAACCGUUCCUCAUAAAUUUCAUCCACACGCUGGAGAGCCGGCCCGACUUCAACGCCCGCUCCCGCGGCUACUUCGCGUCCCUGCUGACGGUGGCACUGCACGGCAAGCUGGAGUACUACACGGACAUCAUGAGGACGCUGCUGCUGGACAUGAUGGACGAGCACGUGCAGAACAAAAACCCCAAGCUCAUGCUGAGGAGGUCGGAGACGGUUGUGGAGAGGAUGCUUUGUAACUGGAUGUCCAUCUGUCUCUAUCAGUUCCUCAGGGACACAGCAGGAGAACCUCUGUACAAGCUGUUCAAAGCCCUGAAGCACCAGGUUGAGAAGGGCCCCGUGGACGCCCGGUUGAAGAAAGCCAAGUACACGCUGGACGAUAAAGGCCUGCUGGGGGACGACGUGGAGUACGCUGUGCUGACCCUGCAGGUGUUGGUGCACGGUGAAGGGCCGGACGUGACGCCGGUGAAGGUGUUGAACUGCGACACCAUCUCCCAGGUGAAGGAGAAGAUCAUCGAUCAGGUUUACAGGAACCAGCCGUACUCACAGAGACCAAAGGUGGAGAAUGUUGCACUGGAGUGGCGUCCUGGUUCCACGGGUCAGAUUCUGUCAGACAUGGACCUGACCUCCCAGAAAGAAGGACGCUGGAAGAGGCUCAACACUCUGGCUCAUUACAAUGUUCGGGACAACGCCACCUUGGUUCUGUCCAGAGUUUUGCACACGCAGUCGUUUCACCAGCACCAAGACAGUCAUGAAGAGAAAAACGCCCUGCUGGAGGACGACAACACCUUCCACCUGGUGAGGCCGGCGGAUGAAAUCGAUGAGGGGAAGUCGAAGCGAGGCAGCAUGAAGGGCAAGACCACGACCAAAGCCAUCACCGAGCUCUACCUGACCAGGCUGCUGUCCGUCAAGGGAACUUUGCAGCAGUUCGUGGACGACUUCUUCCGCAGUGUGCUGUGCUCCAGCUCCGCCGUCCCUCCUGCCGUCAAGUACUUCUUUGACUUCCUGGACGAACAGGCGCUGCGGCACGACAACGUCGAUGAGGAGACGCUGCACAUCUGGAAGACCAACAGCUUGCCUCUGCGCUUCUGGGUGAACAUCCUGAGGAAUCCUCACUUCAUCUUCGACAUCCACGUGUCGGAGGUGGUGGAGGCCUCGCUGCACGUCAUCUCUCAGACCUUCAUGGACGCCUGCACCAAGUCGGAGCACAAACUCAGCCGAGAGUCUCCCAGCAACAAGCUGCUCUAUGCAAAAGAGAUAUCCACAUACAAGAAGAUGGUGGACGAUUACUACAAGGGCAUCCGGCAGAUGAUUCCCGUCAGCGACCAGGACAUGAACACACACCUCGCUGAGGUGUCCAGGCAACACACGGACAAGCUGAACACACAGGUGGCCUUACAUGAACUGUACCAGUACGCCAGCAAGUACUACGACUCGAUUAUUCAGUCGCUGGACAAAGACCCAGCAGCCCAGAAUUACCAGCUCACCCUUCGCCUCCAACAGAUCGCUGCUGCCCUGGAGAACAAGGUCACUGACCUUUGACCUCUGGCCUGGUUAAGGGGCUCGGGAUUCUAAAACACGGGAUUUUUAAUUUUUCCAUUUAAAGGAGAACAAUGAAUGUUUGACCAUUUAAGGACUGAAAGGGGAGGGGCUACUGGGCCCACAGGAAGCUGUCGUCCAUAAAAGGACUGAAAGGGUGCGCAGUUACGGGACUCCAGGAGAUUUGGGAAGUGUUAACACAUGAGCGUUGAUGCUGAUGAGAUGUCUGGGAAAUCAAAGGGUUAUUUUUUUUAUGGAUAGAUACGUUCAGUGUGUGUGUCCUCGGACUCAGAGGUUUGCGUGUUUGGAUUCUUGUAACGACAAAUAAAAAAGUUUUACUAUACAAGGACUGAAGGAACAAAGUGCCACACGAGGAUACCGAUGAUUUUCGGGGGGGAUAAUUGAAGAAUUCUAGUGAAGUAAUGACAUGUUACCAAAUAUUAGCUUUCUGCUAUUCAGUUCUUUUGGACGUUGUAAAGAUGGGAAUAAGCAUCGUAGCAGCUUCAGGACGCUUUGUGAUUAAACUGCCUAUGUCUGCUCACCUGAGCAUGGAUUUCGAUCUAUAGUUAAAAGGCGAGCAGGAAAUCUGAGCUAUACAGCAGAAGGGAACUAUUUUUUCCCCAUCAUCCUUAGAUGAAUCAAUCUCUUCAAGUGUAUUAAUUUGAAUAAUUAACCAAUAAAACACCACUACGGUACAUACCACUGUCCAAUCAGGAGGCUCGCUUUGACCUUCGAGGUACAACCGAGGAGAGUGAAUUCAGGGUACGAUGAGUCAAACCCAAAAACCAACGGACACCUUUUAUGUAGCGUGGCCAAAUGUGUGGUUAUCUGCAGUAUGUGAGUCUGUGCUCGAGCUGAAUUCCUUCUGUUUAGUUUGUUUACUAUCAUGCUUUGUAUGCAGGCUAUGCGUUUCCAUAUCCAACAUGACAUUUAUAUUUUAAGCGAUGGUCUCACUGGUAUGAAGUUUUAAGCCACCAUUAUAAAGACCAGUGUUUUCUACUGUCUAUGAAAAAUCAUGACUGUCUAAUCAUGUGGUCUAAGCAGCCAAAAUGUGUUCAUGUUAGUGAUUUGCUUCUGUUUUUAUACUGUUUGAUUUGUAUUCUUUUGCAACACUCUCCUCAUAGAUACGCUGCGCUGUUUUGUUUUGUUUUUUUGUUGUUUGUCUGCACUCGAUGGAGAAAAUGACUAUGUCUUCUGAAGACAGGGUACACGUGGAUCCUUCAAAAAGGCUUAAAUAAAUGUAAAACAAAGGUG